UCCAAACCGGUGAACAUGCUGCCACUUGUCGGUACGCUCAGCCGAAACGAUCUGAAAUACGACGUGGAUCCCGCAAGACCCUUCUCCCACCGGCAACCGGCAAUUGCCGGUAGCCAGUAAAGACUCCCUGCUCUCAGCAAGACCUCACCUCUCCAUCCUCUUCCCUCGUCUCUCCUCUCCGGUCGCCCCCUCUCACAGUAGGAAGAGAAGAGAGAGAAAGAGAGAAACUCAGAGAUCAGCCAUGGUUUCCCCCUCCAAAGGCCGCGAGCACUUCAUCUACGUCGCCAAGCUCGCUGAACAAGCCGAGCGCUACGACGAGAUGGUGGAGUCGAUGAAGGAGGUCGCCAAGCUCGACGUCGAGCUGACGGUGGAAGAGAGGAACUUGCUGUCGGUGGGGUACAAGAACGUGAUCGGCGCGCGGAGGGCGUCGUGGAGGAUUUUGUCGUCGAUCGAGCAGAAGGAGGAGUCCAAGGGGAACGAGCAGAACGUCAGGCAGAUCAAAGCGUACAGGCAGAAGGUGGAGUCGGAGCUCUCCAACAUCUGCGGUGACGUCAUGACUGUGAUCGACGAGCAUCUCAUUCCUUCUUCUGCUGCGGGGGAGUCCACUGUGUUUUACUAUAAGAUGAAGGGGGACUAUUAUCGGUAUCUUGCCGAGUUCAAGGCAGGUAAUGAGAAGAAAGAGGCCGCAGAUCAGUCGCUUAAGGCGUACCAGGCGGCUUCUGCUGCUGCAGAGACUGAUUUAUCUCCCACACACCCAAUCCGUCUGGGUUUGGCUUUAAAUUUCUCUGUCUUUUAUUAUGAGAUCAUGAAUUCACCAGAAAGGGCCUGCCAACUUGCAAAGCAAGCUUUUGAUGAAGCCAUUUCAGAGCUGGAUACCCUGAACGAAGAUUCUUACAAAGACAGCACUUUGAUUAUGCAGCUUUUGAGGGACAACCUCACUCUUUGGACUUCUGACAUCCCUGAGGAUGGAGGUAAUCUGCAGAAUAGAAAUUGGAGAAAUUGUGCAACUGAUUCAGUCCCUUUAUAGUUUUUGAAUGUAGCUAUCCAUCUCAGCCCUUCGUUCUUUCCUUUACACCUGCAUGUGAAGCUCCAUGCUCCCCAGGCGAUCUCUUGGGCUGUUCCGUUCAAUGUGUAGGAUAUAGCCUGCAAUUCUAGAGCAGUAUGUCAGUAGUCCACGAGUGGUUUGGAAUGUUCAAGGAAAAAAGGGAAAAUAAAAACACAAGGACCCUCUUUUUUGAGACAGAAAGAAAGGCUUUCUGUUACACCUGAAAUGCAGCAUCAUCGUCCUCUCUUCCCCACCUUCUUCCCUUAUUUCCAUCUGUCCCCCCCCCACCCCCCUUUGUUUGUCGUGCUUGCUUCCUAUUAAGUUCUUUCUAUUUAUCGGCAUUUACGUGGAGUAAACAUGGUUCCAAAACUGUAAGGUAUCCAAAGCUUUUAUUUAAUGAGUUCGGCAUUAUUUUUGAGUGUAUUAUCUAUUUGAUUGGCCAGGAAAAGUUUAAUGGUAGCUACUUGUCCUCAACUAGUGAUGGAUUUCCACUCCGCUUCAUUUCCUUUGUCAUUUUUGGCGAUGAUCUGUUAGGAAAAAAAUUAAAUGCGUUGUUGUUGCAACAUUGUAGUAAGUCUGCAGUCACUUGUUGUACUAGGUUGUAAUCCUCAGUGGAAAUCUCGGUGCUCAGAUAAUUCUACUGGCAAUCAGAUGAUCUCAUUUAUUUAUAUAUUUAUUUAUUUAUUUUUGUUCUGUAUUCUUAUUUUACUACUGCAGAGGACCAGAGGAUGGAAAGCUCUUCUAAAGCUGGCGGAGGUGAAGAUGCAUAGGUGGGUUUGCUUAUUCCUUCGAUAUAGAUGAAUAGAUCCAUUGGGGCUGUUCCAUGCCUGUUCAAUCAUGAAUGUAUCGUCGUUUUUUAUGCAGUGAAACUGAAGGGAUUGUGGAAAACAAGAACGAUGAUUUCCCAUUUGAGUCUUCGGUAUUGUUUUUUUUUUUACCCUUUUGUUGUUUAAAGGAGUUUCGAAUUCUCCCCUCGAUUUGAUCCUUACUAUUGUAUGCUAUUGUUGUAAUUAAUAUGUUGCAAUAGUGUAUGCCUGAACACUCAUUUACAUCCCUUCCUGCUUGCUGCCGAAGGAUUGACAUGGUUUCCUCAGGAGGCUUUAUUUUUAUACUUACUUGCCUCAAA